AUGUCGCUCAGAAGAUCUACUCACAACAACGCCAAUGCCUUAAGCGUUGCACUUGAAACUUAUGAAGCCCCUCCAGUUCGCAGAAGGGGAAGGCGUGCAACCAAUGCUGCUACUAAAGAGAGAGCGCCGCCGCCGUCGGUUGACAAUACUGCAGAAAUUGCAAGAGCGACAGCAGACUCAAACUCAGCCUCCACCUCAGUCGCAACCAAACCCUCAGUAGAUGGCUCAAGUACCCCAUCAAAUCAUUUGUGUACAACAUCUACUCUUCCUCUAGCUUCUCCUAUUUCUAUUCUCAAUUACCAGUUUGGCUUUGAACUCAGGGAAAGACGGAUUCUGAGGCUAAAGCUGCAGCAGGGGUAUAGACAAUGCUCGUGUUGUAACCAAUCUGGUGACUGCUCGAUAAAGGGAGGGGCUUGGGCAGGGAGGGGAUCGGCAGAGAAGGUGGCUGAGCUGGGCUCGGGGUUGGCUGGAGGUCGAAGGCGCAGGGAGGGGUUUAGGUUGGGCUGGGCUGGGCUUGGCUUGGGUCGACAGUGCAGGGAGGGGCUCAGCAGGGACGGUGGCUGGGCUGGGCUCGGGGCUGGCUGGUGGGGUUCUCAACUUCACGGCGGCGACACUAUAGCUCGCGGCGGCAGCAAGUAUUUAUUUUAUUUCUUGAUUUUUUUAUGUUAAAAUAUGUUUCAUUUGAUUGUGUUGGAUAUGUUCAGAUCUGAUUUUGAGCCUAGACUAAUAAUGAAUAUCAUCUUUAGUGUAUUUUGCUUAUGCUUUAAUGGCUUUAUACUUGUGUUUCA